AUGCUGAGUGCCUUGUCGAAGAGACUUUUCUCUACAUCUCGUACUGUUAGUAAACUUGGAGUGGCUGCCUACACAAAAACCCAUAAUAUCGCUGGAAAGACUGUUUUCGUGAGAGUGGAUUUCAACGUCCCUCUUUCCAAGGACGGAAAGCGUACUAUCACCGAUGAUACCCGUAUUGUGAAGGCCCUCCCCACCGUUAACCUCCUUACGCAGCAAGGUGCGAAGGUGGUUCUGGUGACUCACUUGGGCAAGCCCAAGGGUCCCGACCCAAAGCUGACCUUGGAUCCCGUGGCCGCUCGUCUCUCGGAGCUGGUUGGAAAGAAGGUCGUGAAGGUGGACGAGGUCGUUGGCGACAGCGUGAAGAACGCCGUGAGCAACAUGAAGAACGGCGACAUCGUUCUGCUGGAGAACGUGCGUUUCAACCCUGGCGAAACGAAGAACAAGCCCGAGUUCGUGCAGCAGCUGGUUGACUGCAUUCACCCCGAUAUCUACGUGAACGAUGCGUUCGGCACUGCUCACCGUGCGCACGCCUCCACUGUGGGUGUGACGGCUCACACCUCCGUGAACCUGUCCGGUCUGCUGAUGGACAAGGAGCUGCAGUUCCUGUACGGCGCCAUCGACAACCCCAAGCGUCCUCUGGCCGCCAUUGUGGGAGGCGCGAAGGUGUCGACCAAGCUGCCCGUGCUGGAGUCGCUGAUUGACAAGUGCGACAAGCUGCUGGUGGGAGGCGGAAUGAUGUUCACCUUCUACAAGGCGAUGGGCAAGAACAUCGGUAACAGCAUCGUGGAGAACGACCAGCUGGAUCUGGCUCUGAAGCUGAUGGACAAGGCCAAGGCCAAGGGCAUUCAGUUCAUGCUGCCCGUGGAUACCGUCAUUACGGACUCGCUGGAUAAGCAGAGCGUGAUCAAGACCGUGGACGUGAACGCGAUCCCUGACGGCUUCUUGGGAGCGGAUGUGGGUCCCAAGACCAUCAAGAUGUUCCAGGACUGCUUGCAGGAUGCCAACACCAUCGUCUGGAACGGACCCAUGGGUAUCUUCGAGCAGAAGAACUUCGCUGCUGGAACCAUGGCCAUCGCCAAGACCCUGGCCGAGCGUUCUGACAAGGGAGCCAUCACGAUUGUUGGAGGAGGUGACUCUGUGUCGGCCAUCAACAAGUCGGGUGUUGCUGAUAAGAUUACCCACAUUUCUACUGGAGGCGGUGCUUCUCUGGAGGUGCUGGAGGGAAAGAUUCUUCCUGGUGUGGCUGCUCUCACCGACGCAUAAGUCUAGUUUUAUAAGCUUCUUGUUGUUGUUU